AUGCAUCCCCAGGUCUGCACCCAUCCCUUUCCUUGUCACCAGCAUUCAUUUAUUACACGAACCAUCAUAUUCUUGUCACUGAUACACAUCCUCAUCGAUCUUGCCCUUGCUGGAAUAUUCACUUACACGAUGGUGAACGCGCGGCGAUAUUCCGAUUGGCGGCGUCUGGUAUGUUCUGCACUGGUGGUAUCCUCUACCAUCGGAAUCAAUCUUAGAGCUGUCUCAUCAGCCCCGAUGGCAGUAUUGUAG